AUGGUCAAGGAGUUCAUAGUACUUCUACCGCUUGUGGAUUUACAGCUUUGGCCGGGAUGCGUCGUAUGUGUCGAAUCACUCAGCGAUUUUCAGAUUAUCUUCAAGAAAGCGACGCCGGAAAACAUCCGUGGGUGA